GACGGGAUGGCAAAAGUCUCGACUCUCCAUCAGGCCAAAGCCCAUCCCUCCAUCCUUAACUAAGACUCUAAUAAUGCCUCCUCCCCUUUCCAAAUGAACCGUACUCCCCGGCUCUAACAACUUCCCCUCAUUAACCUUCUGCUUUGUCCCACAUCUGCUAUUUGCUGGUGCGGAUUCUCCCUGUUCCCUCGAUAUCCACUUGGCAGGCCCUAACCAUGAUCUGAGCCAUCCUUUAUGACGACGGACACUUAAUCAAGGUACACGUCUCCUAUAUAAACGCCAUGGAGGUAAUGGACAUUUGCAUGCAUGAUGUGCCAUUCACUGCCGCAGCUUUCUCUCCUUUCAACAAUCCGAACUUGAAUAAUAGUCGUUCCUGUCAACCUGUCAAUCCUCGAAAGCGAGCUGCUGAAUCCCCAGAGCCCGAAUCUUAUUCUUCGUCGCCCUUACUGGAAUCAUCACCCACGCCCUCCAUCCUCGUCCAAAGCCGCGGACUAGCGGCUUUUAAACGCUCCAAAACGGCUCCCGAAUGUCCCGAAGCGCUCCGACUCAUACCGGCUGAGCGAGCGCUUCCGUUUGAUCCAUCCUCGCUGGAUGACGCCGAGGCCGAGUUCGUCUUUAACGGUAGAAAUGUCAAGGGCGAUUGGAGCUACUGUAGACAUGUACUCGGGACACCGAUUCCUCACUGGACCAGCAAGAGCCUGCUGAUUCUUUGUGUUGUUGGGUCGACAGACGUGCACUAUAAAUUGCUUUGUCACGCACAGCCAGAGCUUCUCCGGAUAGCGCCGUUUUCGCAUUUUGCAGGCAUCAGCCAUGUACCUCGAUCCGACCUGGCGGGCUAUUCCGCCAAAGAUUCGUCGGCGAUGCUGCCAAUUCCCAUGAUUCGGGCUCGUGGUCCACCGGAACAUCAUCUGCUCAAACUCGGCCUCUUGCAUCCGCUCGGAGGUGGACAAAUUGGCUUGGACGCUGUAGUCGUCGUGGACUCUCGCGGCAGGAGAAGACUGGUUCUGCCCGUCGGCUGGGGAGCCGGAAAAUAUCUCGACGGAUAUGCUGGAUCAAAACUGAUUCAAGAGCAAUUUCUCACUGCGCUGAAACAUGCCAUGUCGGCACUGCUUUGGGAAGCGUAACCAUCGAUACCCUUGGUCAGGGCGACGGAGUUCUUAAAUACCCCGGUGCUUUUGUAAUGUUAAAAUCUGUAGUCUAUUUUACGUUGGUUUAUCUAUCGGAGUACUUGGCGAUUGUUGCUAGGUAUUUUGAGGUCCCGAGAACAAUUAAUUGUCAAUGUAUCCGCU